AUGUCGGCAUGGUUGGCCUGCUGUUGCUCGUGGUGGAUGUUGGGCUCUUGGAUGUUGGCCGGGAAGCUGCAGGAGAACGCUUCGUGUCGCCGUCUGAGAGCGGAAGAGGCAGGCGACGGUGAUCUUCUCCUGGGCCAGACUGGUCUGUCCACUUCGGGGCACAUAACCGAGUUCCUAUGCAGCGUCCCCUCCCACGUCCCGGCUCAAAACGCGGGAUUGCAGGCGUCCAGUGCGACAUGCGGACCAGGGGGGCCGGGGCAGCCAAGACCGCACCUGGGCGGCGCUGGACUCAGAACAGCGGUUUUCAGCGAUCAAUGGCAGUCGCCAGCCACGCACCGGAUUUGUGUACCCUGUCAAACCGGCGAGAUGGACGUUGCCUCGAAUGUGGGAGCGACACCUGGACCAGGUGCAUGCUGUCCCACCACCCCUCCCACCUUUCUCGGUAUGAUUGCUCGGAUUUUCUGGGUUCAGGCGACGGUGGCGGUUGUAUUCGGCAACCUUUUGAGUGCGCUGGCUUCCCCGACGGCCGAACUUUUGAGCGAUGGAAUUCCGAGCGCAGAAAUCGAGCUCCUCCCUGCUUGCCGCAUCUCCGGCAAUCACCAGCAACGAGUGCCGAGCAUUGACGGCCGGCUGAGACCUAACAACCGUGCGAAGUUGGGACUCGACAGACCUGCGAGCGAGCGACGGGGACCUCACCGGGGACGACCACUCAGCAGUGUGACGGUGCGCGGCGCGCCGAGGAAAACUCCAACCGACGGAGACCUUCGUUUGAUUUUCUCAAGCGGGCGCCGUUUCGCGAGGAUUGCAAGUCCCGAUGGGCGAUGCCGCCGAGAGCCGAGCCGAGAGCUGCCACUCAGUUUUUGUAGCUACAUGUACGCCAGUCAUUCUGCGCUUCGAACUAGGCGGACCCGUCAUUUAGUCUAG